AUUUAACUUAAAUAGCACAAUUACCUGCUGGUAAUUACUUUUUUAACUAAAAAUAUUUACUCGCAAUCUUGAGAGUGCUUCUCUUCAGAAAUUGAAUUUGCAGCGCAGAAAUGGCCAAAGAUAAGAGCCAGCAGGAGGAUGAAGCUUUGGGUGAACUGCAACUUCUGCGCGAACGAAUCAAUGAGUGCCCUAAUUCAAUGGGGAAGAGUGUUGUUCCCCUUUUAGAGACACUGAAGGCACUUGAGAAGCAAGAAUUUGAUAUAAAGUCACAGCACUCUUCUGAUUGCUCAAGAUUGCAAAAGGAGAUUGAUGAACUAGAUAAAAUGUUGCAUGAUGGCGAUGAAGGUUGUAAUAUGAUUCUUCCUUCUUUCCAAGAUGCUAAGGAAAAACUUGAAUCAGCUAAGAAGGAACUUGCUGCAAAAUUAAGAUCAAUUGUGGCACUAAAACGGAUGAUUGAUGAAGUGCCAUCACAGGCUGAACUAAUACAGUAUGAACUCCGAUUUAGUGAACUAAAUACUCAGAUUCAGAAAAAGCUUCGACAAACCCUCAAACAUUAUGAUACAUAUAAUGCUUUGUUGGAGAUUAAAGAACUCAUGCUAAAGGAAGCAUCAUUAUUGAACUCUAUAAGUUCGCAGUUCCAAAAUGCCAUUACAAGCGCGGACGGGAGGAUAAAACUCAUUAAUUCUCUCGAAGGAAUCUUGUCUGGAACUCAGCAGAAACUCGAGAAAGCUCAACAGUCCUCGGAUUUAGAGCAGAAGGGUUGCGACACCAUCAAAGGGAAAUACGCAGCUGCAGUAUCCGAGCAGCGAAAGAGCUCUUCCCUCUUGAAACAUUUCCAGGAAGAAUGCUCAAGAAACGAGAGCCUUCGGGCCCGGAUGAAAUCGAACUGUUUGGUGGUGUAAUGUAACAACAUUUGAUCCUAAUGCAGCCAAGCCAACUCAGGUGUGUUUCUUUUUAUUUGGUUUGAUAAAUUCUUGUUUGGAUUUGUUAUUAUAAUAAUAUAUGAUUGAAUAUUUUGUUUGAGAAAAAAAUGUUUUUUUUUUUUUAUCUUUGUGAAAGUGUUUAAAUAGUAGAAAACUGAGGUUUUGUUGCUUAAAAAAACACACUCGAUUCGAUAGAUAGAUAGAUAGAUAGAUAGACAUAUAGAUAAUAAUGAC